AAGCAGAAUGUGUCUCAUUAUUGCACAGGCUGUGAUGUUUACCAGAGAUUGAAGUGAAGCCUUGGAGAAGAACACAGUUUGAUUCUGUGGAAAUGAUCGAUGAGACGUUUCCUAUUUGGGGGAAAUUCCAGAAUUUGGAGUUCUGUUGAGUAAUCUCUUAUAUGACACUGACAAGGUGGUCAAGGCAAGGACACCAUGAAGUUGGCUCCUUUGACUUUGCUGCUCGUGUUUCUUUUUCCCGUUUGCUGUCUGCGGCCAAUAAACUGCAGAUGGGGGUCUUACAGAGAUUGGUCCGAGUGCGAUGGUUGCACCAGAACAAAGGUGCGCACACGGCAUGUUGAGGUGUAUGCCCAGUUUGGGGGUGUGCCAUGUUCAGGAGAAAGCACAGAAACUCACCCCUGCGUCCCACAGAAGGGGUGUCCUCUGGAAUCAGGCUGUGGAGAAAGGUUCCGAUGCACAUCAGGUCAAUGCAUAAGCCAGUCUCUGGUGUGCAAUGGUGACCAAGACUGUGAAGAUGGUCUCGAUGAGAGGGGGUGUAAUGAAGAUAAUAGUCAGUUUGUCUGUGAUCUUGAUAAAACACCCCCAAACUCUGACUUGACUGGCAGAGGGUAUGAUGUGCUUACAGGGAAAUUAAGGGCAGGUGUGAUCAACACUCUGAGUUUCGGAGGGCAGUGCAGAAAGGUGUUCAGUGGUGACCAUAAAAUUUAUUAUCGACUGCCGCAGAAUGUCCUAAGGUACAACUUUGAGGUGAAAGUGGACAACGAGGAGAUUGACGAAUCUUAUGAAAGUUCCUGGUCCUACAUGCAGCACAUCCAGGCCAAUGCUUUAAUGGGACAUGACCGUCGUACCUUUCACAAAGAGCUCACUGAAACAAAGAAUCAUCGACUCAUCAUCCUGAAGAAUAAAGUGGAGUUGGCUCAGUUCCAAAACUCGGCCCCCCAGUAUCUGCCUCUGGCUGAAGAAUUCUGGAAGGCUUUAAUCUCGCUUCCGUUCACAUACGACUACGCUGCCUACCGUCGACUGCUGCAGAUGUACGGCACACACUACCUCUCUGAGGGCUCACUUGGAGGCGAAUACCAAGGCUUGUUGGAGUUGGACAGUCAGGCUUUUACAACGUCUGAGGCAACAAAUAUCGACUACCAGAGGUGCUGGAAAAAGGUUAAACGACGCUUGUUCAGGAAAAAGGUCAAAAUAAUUUGUGAAAAAUUCUCCAAAUCUUUCUCAUUUGACGAUGAAAAUCGUGCAACCAAGAUGCCCAUCAAGGUGAACACCUUCGGAGGAGAUCCAUCAUUUUCAGAUGUCCUGAAAGUUCUAGACUUAGAAAAUCCAGAAGUAAAUGGAGAGGCUUAUGACAACUGGGCCUCCUCUGUUAAAGAUUUCCCUGAUGUCAUAGACCAGAAGCUACGUCCUCUGUACGAGCUAGUAAAGGAGGUCCAGUGUGCAGGUCUGAAGAAGCACCACCUGAAAAGGGCCACUGAAGAGUACCUGGCUGAGGAGCAUCCUUGCCAUUGCAGACCCUGCCAGAAUAACGGCCAGCCGCUCCUGACAGGCUCACAGUGCCGAUGCGUCUGUCGGCCAGGAACCUCCGGAGGAGCAUGUGAGCAUGGAACUGCGAUUGGAGAACAACCAGGGGUGAUCCAUGGUAGCUGGAGCUGCUGGUCAGCCUGGAGUUCCUGUUCUGAGGGACAAAAGUCAAGAUCCCGUAGCUGCACCAACCCCAGUCCAAGCGGAGGUGGUCAGCACUGCUCUGGCCUAAGCAACGAGCAAUCACCCUGUGAGGAUGCAGAUAUAGAAUAUUUACAGAUGAUGGAGCCUCAAUGUUUCAGUCUGUCUGUGACUCCACCAAAGAUCUGUGGCCCUCCUCCAAACCUCAGAAAUGGUUUCAUCCAGGAUCCCAGAGAUUUUUAUUUGGUAGGAAACAAAGUACAAUACUCUUGCAUAGAUGGUUAUUACCUCAGUGGAAACUCUUUGGCUGAAUGCACUGAUGGUCAGAAUUGGAAGACAGGAGCAAUGGUUUGUAAAAGUUCAACUUGUAACAUUCCUCAGCUCAACAGUGACGUUAUAGCCACUCCUACUAAAGUCGCGUACCAGAUUGGAGACACAGUGUCCCUGUCCUGUCCAUCCGGACUGAUGAUGACAGGUGACAUAUCAGACGUCAUAUGUAGUCCCAGUCUGCAGUGGUCGCCUUCUCCAUCCACCGCUCACUGUAGUAAAGGUCUGAUGGCUCCUACUCCUCCUGUGCAACUGAAGUGUAAACUGUGGGAGAAUGUAGGAAAAACUUGUGUGUGUAAAAUGCCAAUUCAGUGCCCGGCUUCCCUAGAGUUGUGUGCCAGAUUUAGCACGAUCCCAUCUCGUGUGGUUGGCGUUUGCCAGUUAGGAGCUCUACGGUGUUUGGGCCGCAAAUUCACACUGGUCAACGAUAGUGAGUGUAAGUGGCCAGAAGAGACGUCUACUUCUUGUGAGCACUGCAAACCCGGAACAAAGUGUCACGCUGGAAGUUGUGUGUGCCAGAAUGUAUCAGAAUGUCCAGAAGACUCCACCCCACUUUGUGUGAACUCUGGCAUUGGCAGUGUAGCCACAACAAUGACGGAAUGCCAAGUGGGGUCCAGGAGGUGUGCUGGGGAGCGGUUAUCUGUGAUCAGCAUUGAUGCUUGUCCACAAUAAAGAUGGUUGCUUUA